UUCUAGGAUAAUACUCGCCUAAUGUGAGUAUAGACGGAGUCCAUCGGUGGUGCGGAUGAGACAAAAAGAGAUUUUAUGUGCAGGAUAGUAAAUUUCUAAAGGAUUAUAUACAUUUCAAGAUUAGGGGAUAAUCCUUCAAUAUGAGAUUAAAUGGAUAUAGUGCAGUACUGAAUGUAUUGCUCUUUUUCUUAUUUCAACAAGCGGUUGGUGCCAAAAAUUGUGUUCAACAUAGUAUAGCAAAUGGUCAAUCUAAACUACGGCGUGGAGGCAAGAUAGUGUAUUACACAUGUAAAACAAAGUUUACAAGAAUUGGUAAGAAGUUUGCAGUUUGUUUGUCUCAAGGAGAUUGGAGUCAACCACCACCCAUAUGUAUAGCUAAAGGUUGUCCUAAUGUAACGCCUACCAAUGGUCUUCAGAUAACAGGUGAACACAACGGCGCCAUGUUAAAAUUUACCUGUCUACCGGGAAUGAAACGUAAAGGACCAGAAUCAAUUUAUUGUAAUGGACAAACGUGGAAUGUAGAACCACCCACUUGUGUCGUUUCAGUGGGUAUAAGACUAGAAUGUGAUUUUGAAGAUGAAGAGUUAUGCGGAUGGGGUCAAUCGGACGAUGAUCAUUUUGAAUGGACCUGGCUUUCAGGUGCUACAUCAACUGAGAAUACUGGACCUUUACAUGAUCAUACCUUUGGAAACAAUUCAACAGGUCAUUAUCUGUUUAUUGAGUCAUCAGCACCAAGAAAACCUUUGGAUAAAGCUAUACUAAAUUCACCUCUCUAUCAGGCACAAUACAGCAAUAGCUGCUUUGAAUUUUGGUAUCAUAUGCACGGCCCAGAUGAUGAAAAUGCUGUUGGAAGUUUGGAAGUUUUUGUUAAACCAGAAAGUAGAUUACUAGACGAUAUAGAUCCGGAAUUUUAUAUGGCUGGUAAUCAAGGUCCGGAAUGGAAGCGAGGUUCAAUAACAAUAGAGCAACAAACAGAAGUAUUCCAGAUCAUUAUAAUCGCAACCCGUAAAGAAGCGUUUGUCAGUGAUAUCGGCCUUGAUGAUGUCAGAAUGUACAACUGCUCAGAAGACGACAAUGCAUUAAUUUCAGAAGCAGUACCAACAACGUCAAAAAUAAUCACACCACAAAAAACAAGCAUUCUGACGUCAACUAUUAAGCAAUCUACUACAACGACUGAAGUAACAAAAUCAUCAACAACGACACCAAAGACAAAACGAACUACAACAUUACCCACAACAACUACUGCAUUACCCACAACUACUGCAUUACCCACAACAACUACUGCAUUACUCACAACAACUACUGCAUUAUCCACAACUACUGCAUUACUCACAACAACUACUGCAUUGCCAACAACAACUACUGGAUUACCCACAACAACUACCACUUUGCCUACGAUGACUACUACAAUGCCUACUGCAACUACUACUAUAACACCGAAACAGAAAACUAGAAAGCGAACUACCACUGCAAAAACUUCAACAAAGCAACCAGAAACACCAAUGACGCCCGACAGUCAAACAACAGUACCAUCGACACCUUCCACUAACAACAUUUCCAAAUCAACUUUAGUGUCAGAUGGCCUUUCAAAUUCACCCACAACAUUAAAACCAGCAAAAGAAAAAUCGACAUUUACAAACAAUUCGUUCACAGGAAAUUCACAAACAGGUGGUGAAAAUAACAUUUCAUCAACAAGUAAUAGGUCGUUUAACAUUCCACGUGGGUCUCCUAUAAAAGAGAAAACUAAAGAUAGUUUGAUGCCUUUUAUAAUAGGAAUAUCAUGUGGUGUAGUUUUAGGACUGGUAGUUAUUGGUGUAGCAAUCUAUUUAUGGGCAAAACGACAGCAAAAUAAAACAAAUAAAACAACAGUGGAAUAGGAGGAAGAAAUGGCACCAUGCAAUGACCCGUGUUGAAGAGGGAUAUUACAAUCCUAGCUAAAAUGUGAUAAGCAUCUUCACGUUUCGAGUUGCUUUAGAAUCAAGGUGCAAGUACAAAAUCUAAAGGCUGAAAGUAAAGCUUUCCGGUGGAAAGUAUUAAUACAUCCGUUCAGCUUUUAAAUUGUAUUAAAAAAAACUACCCAUGCGUAUAUUUCACAACGUAGACUUUUGUCUUCUGUAAAAAGAUUAACAUCGAAAUGGUGGGAAUACAAACAAUCGGUGCUUAUAUUCCAUAUUGAAAUUAGCCUUAUAAUGCAAAGAUAUCUAGUUUACUUGUUGAUUUCAAAUAGGGGGCUUGUGAUAUUUUGCUUCAUAGGUGUGUUGUUGAAGAUCGCUUUAUCUAGUCGGAAAUAAUGUGUUCAUUCCUACCAAAGGAAGGCCCCUGUAAAACUGGUCGGAAAUCGUAACCUUGCACGUUCAUCCCUGUUGAUUUAGAAACUUGUUUAGUCAAUGAAACGCUUGACGAUUUAGUGAUAUUGUCCUCUGAAAAUUUGGGAACAUGAUACAGGACAAGUGGAUUGAUCAUUACCUCUUGAUAUUUAAAAUCGUCCCAACUCGGUGGUAAUGGAAGUCGGCUUGCAAAUUCCAAGAACAUUUCAAUAGUAAACGUUUUUGUACAGUUUAUUAGACCAUGGAUUGAUAUUGUGACGAAAUUAUCGUUGUUAAGUUCAAGCUUUCCAGGGGUCAUAUGAAUUCAUAGAAGAUUUAUUCUUUAAAUGGCAUUUAGUAAUUGGAACAACACACUAUUUAUGGAUAACAAUUACUAUGGUUUAUUUCACUGCGACGUUUCAACAACACAUUUCUUAUUUUAUGUAAUUAUCACAUAUUAUUUAUCAGUAUAAUGUAAUGAGACAGAUUUAUUUAUACAAAUACUUUUGUACAUAACAAGUAAUUGAUUAAAUGUUUAUGUAUAUUUCAUUAAAACUGAAACGUUUAAA